AUGGCCUCUGGCUCUGCCAAUAGUCCCCGCCCGGCUCCGGAUGAGAAUGAGUUUCCUUUUGGGUGCCCCCCGACCGUCUGCCAGGACCCACCAGAGCCCGGGGUUCUCUGCUGCACGGCUUGUUUCUCUGCGAACGUGAGGAAAGAUAAGGAUCCGAUCUGUCCCAAAUGCCGAGGGGACGCCCCCCAGUCUCUAAGCCCAGGAAGCCUUCUGUCUCAGGAGAAGGACCUUCCCGAGAUGAUGGAGGCUGGAGUUGGGUGUCCCUUUGCAGGGGUUGGCUGCUCCUUCAAGGGGAGCCCUAAAUUCAUGCAGGAGCACGAGGUGUCCUCUCAGGCCUCCCACCUGAACCUGCUGCUGGAGUUGAUGAAACAAUGGAAGGCCCAGCUGGGCUCCAGCCUGGGCUCAGGACCCAUGGCCCUGGAGCAGAACCUGUCCGACCUGCAGCUGCAGAAAGAGAUGGCGGGGGGCCUGGAGGUGGACUGCUACCGGGCCCCCUGCUCCGAGAGCCAGGAGGCGCUGGCCCUGCAGCACCGCGUGAAAGACAAACUCUUGGCGGAGCUGGAGGGGAAGCUGCGUGUGUUUGAGAACAUCGUGGCCGUCCUCAACAAGGAGGUGGAAGCCUCACACCUGGCCUUGGCCGCCUCCAUCCACCAGAGCCAGCUGGACCGUGAGCACAUCCAGAGCUUAGAACAAAGGGUGCUCGAGCUGCAGCAGACGCUGGCCCAGAAAGACCAGGCCCUGGGCAAGGUGGAGCAGGGCCUGCGCCUCAUGGAGGAGGCCUCCUUCGAUGGCACCUUCCUGUGGAAGAUCACCAACGUGGCCAGGCGGUGCCAGGAGUCGGCCAGCGGCAGGACCAUCAGCCUCUUUUCCCCAGCCUUCUACACCUCCAAGUACGGUUACAAGCUGUGCCUGCGGCUCUACCUGAACGGAGAUGGCGCAGGAAAGAGGACGCAUCUGUCUCUCUUCAUCGUGAUCAUGAGAGGGGAGUACGAUGCCCUGCUGCCGUGGCCUUUCCGGAACAAGGUCACCUUCAUGCUGCUGGACCAGAAUAACCGAGAACAUGCCAUCGACGCCUUCCGGCCCGACCUGAACUCAGCAUCCUUCCAGAGGCCCCAGAGCGAGACCAAUGUGGCCAGCGGGUGCCCACUCUUCUUCCCGCUCAGCCGGCUGCAGUCUCCCAAGCACGCCUACGUCAGGGAUGACGCCAUGUUCCUCAAGUGUAUUGUGGACACCAGCACUUAG